AUGGCUCCCCGCAAAAGCAAACUGCAGCCAGAUGCUUCGGAAACGCUAGAACUACCUAACAAGAACAAGACAAAGGCACAGUCUGCGCAAGAGAAAACUACGAAGACGACUGUUCUGAAACAGGAUCCUAAAGACUGGUAUCUCGCUCUCGCUCUACCUGUUAAUCGCCAAAUGCUGUAUGAUAGUACCUUCAUUGCAGGAGUCGAGAAUCAUGACAACGACAUUCUACACUACACCGGUAGUUUAUGUACAGAAAAUAAGGACAGAGACGAGACACUAGAAGACCAAAAACCUCUUACGCUACAGAUAGCGCUGAAACAGCUGCGAGAGGGCACAGAGUUUAGCAAUGUUCGCUCUAUUCACGAAGCUGGGAUGAUAGCGACAAGUCUGAACGACUUUUGGUGCAGUACAAAGACAAGUUACAGAUGCCUGUGGUCCUUUGUAAAAGACCGACAGUACAGCGCAAUGUACGUGUUCCAGUUCGCCUGGAAUGACUCGACUAGGUGGGAGGGUCUUACUAUCGUUGAGCGUCAGCAUCUAUGCAGUCUACAAGGCAUGCGUAUUCAAGAGUAA